CAGUGUGUGUGUCGGUGAAUGUUGCGGGUGUCACACAGCUCGGAGCUGCCACCACCACCAUCAUCACCCCCAUCCUCUGCCCCUGUCUGCGCCGUCACCAUGCGGGGGGUUCCCGUUCACCUCUUCCGUACCCUCCUGUGCUGGCUGACCGGACCGGCCCUGACCGUACUGCUCUCCGUACCAGGAGUGCCAGUCCGCAGCGGGGAUGCUGGAUUUUCCAAAGCCAUGGACAACGUGACGGUGCGGCAAGGAGAGAGCGCCAUCCUCAGGUGCGCUGUGGACAAUCGAGUGACGCGGGUGGCCUGGCUGAACCGCAGCACCAUCUUAUACACCAGCAACGAUAAGUGGUCCAUAGACCCCCGUGUGGUUCUGGUAGCCAACACCAAGACCCUGUACAGCAUCAAGAUCCAAAAUGUGGACAUCUAUGACGAGGGACCAUACACCUGCUCUAUCCAGACAGACAAUCACCCCAAAACCUCUCGUGUACACCUCAUUGUACAAGUUCCUCCAAAAAUCUUGAAUAUCUCUUCAGACAUUACAGUGAAUGAGGGCAGCACAGUGAUCCUGCAAUGUUUAGCCACUGGCAGACCUGAACCUGCUGUGACGUGGAAACACUAUCAUGAGAAAUCUCGUAGAUUUGUAGGCGAUGAUGAGUAUCUGGAGAUCACAGGGAUCACCAAGGAGCAGUCGGGACUCUAUGAAUGCAGUGCCGCCAAUGAGGUGUCCAUACCAGAUGUCCGCAGAGUCAGAAUCACAGUCAACUACCCACCAUACAUAUCUGAUGCCAGAAACACGGGAGCGUCUGUCGGACAGAAAGGCAUUCUGCGCUGCUCUGCCCUGGCUGUCCCUCUGGCUGAAUUCCAGUGGUAUAAGGAAGACACUCGGUUAUCUAACAACCCGGGUGGAGUAAGGAUCGACAACAAAGACCACAUGUCCAUUCUGACCUUCUUCAACGUAUCUGAAAAGGAUUAUGGGAAUUAUACUUGUGUGGCAUCAAAUAAGCUGGGCAACAGCAACGCCAGUGUCAUUUUAUAUGGACCGGGAGCCGUGCACAACACAAGCAGCUCCAUCUCAGUUGCCCUGGCCGUCAUCUGCCUCUGGUGCUCCAUCCUCUAUUCCCUCAGCAAGUUUUGAUGAAGAAGGUGACUGUGGAGAUGGGGGAAGGGGGGGUUUGAGAUACCUUGAAGCCAUGUGGAGCGCCCCUCUCCUCCUUCCCAGGAAAAGACUUCAUAGAUAUUUUGGAGGACCUUCCACCUUGCUAUCCUCAUCCUCCCUCGGGUUUGUUAUCCUGCUGAAAUAAAUCUUUCUUUUCUACACACUGACAGCCCCUGCAGGCACCUCAGAUGUGGAAUGGGAGCUCGGGGGAACUAUGGGGCUGGUUUCUUGUGUUGGUGUCUAUGUCAGUCCCUGUGUCAUGCUCCAUAGGUCUUUUCGGAUAAGGCAGGAUGAGGUGAGAGGAGGGCGGGCUACAUGGACAGUGGUCUUCACUGCAUCGGUGGAAUGGAGAUCUCCUUCACCUGCAUCAUUGGCUCCACAGAUACAUUAUAAUUUUUUUGGACACUGCAAAGGACUGGUACAUAUAGUGGUCCUACAAGAAAUACUCAGGCUCUAAGAAGGAGUGGGCAGAUAUUUUUGUGUAGUUGUGCUGAGCUUAUUAUCUUUACUGACCACUCGCACAGACUAGACUGUCAAAUGUAGAGUAUGGAACUCUCCAGUGCAAUAGGAUUACACAACCUAUAAGAAUAUCUGUAUGUUCCAAAGAUCACCAGUGUCCCAUUGGGUCCUUGGAGGGCCUUUAGUGAUCGGUUUCCAUUCAGUCUGCAGCUUUGUGGCUUCUGUCUAAGUAUGUUUAAUGGUGGAAUCCAUGAGGGAGCCCUCUGACUCUGACAACCCAUAUUGGAUGAGAUGGACACUGGCACACUCCUGUUGUCAAGCACACGGUUACCAGCAGUCUUGUGUAAAGACUGAAGGUGAUUAUAUUAUACAUGAAAGGAUGUGAUGGCCAACUGGACUAUCAGAGGCUCCAUUUUCCAUGGUUCAAGAACUACAUUUCUUUUACACAGUGUUAUUUUGCCAAUUUGGAUCCCCAACUGUCAGUGUCAUUAUUGUGGGACUUUCAAUGUCAGGAUAUUAUUUUGGGAACUUCAACAUUUCUGACAACUGUGGGCUGAUAGCCAGCCUGUAACUGCCGAUUGUAACCCCUUGCUAUAACAAUCACCCUGCCCUAGCAUCUCCAGUACAGUCCAUUCAUUGUUACCAUUUCAAAAAUGUUAGUAGAAUAUUAAUGGAGCAACGGAAAGCUGGAGAGCCUUGUCUCUCUAGAGUGAUGGCUGAAACAUUCCCCUCUACAGUAACCUCCAGCGACAGCUCAUCUACAUCAUUUCAGCUAUAAUAUGUCCCACAGAUCUGUCAUAGAUAUCAUUUUAGUGAUAGUCUGAUCUAUUCGAGGGAGCGCGCUUGGAAUUUCAUGACACAAUGAAAUUUUUGGGAUGUAUUUAUUUGGCUUUCAUUUAAAUCUUAGAAGGCAAGAAUGUUUAGUUAAGACACAGCCGGAUCGCUGCAUGUUCCACAGCGUUUGUACAUUUUUUCUAGAUGAGGACAGUCAGAUGGUUGUAAUCCUGUGAUGUGUCAAUAAAGUCUGAUAUUUGUACCUGCGAUCUUUCUUCAUGCUCUGCAAACUAAUGAGCCUGAACAUUAAAAACGUAUCAAGGUUG